GUAAGUGUUACAUAAGUGGAGAUAAUAAUAUUUUUUUAUCUGAGCUGUCUAAGCUAAGCUGACUGGACUGAAAAGAAGUUUUUCUCGGAAGAUUGGUCAUAAUGACAGAUUUAAAUGAGACUUCUUUCAGCCCAGCUACUUACAUGUCAUUAUUGAGGGGCAUCUCCCCGCUUGGCCUUGGGUACAAUGAUCUACUUGGUCUCCUUUCUUGGUUUGAUUUGUGGAGUUAUAACAGUAUCAGGGAGAGGUGCCGAUUUGAAUUGCACUGGUAAUACAACAACAUGCAUUAAUAAUGAGGUAUGCAGAGAUGUCGGAUGCGUCUGCCCCAGCAGCCAUUAUGGUUCUAAAUGUGAAUUCAAAAUAACCAAUGCCCUGAUCAUAGUUUUGCUUUGUAUACUACCACCCGUCUCUUGGCUUGCUGUCUGCUGGUAUGGAGCACAUUCAAAAGGAGCAUCUGGUCUGUGGCCUGGUUCACGUGAAAGAAGCAGUGAUGAAUUUGAGCGGGAAGCAGAAGAAGAAGUCAUCGAAGAUCAUCCUCCGCCAACCUAUGAUCAAAGCAAGAAUUACGACACGGCUGGAACAUGUGAAGGCGUGAACGUGACGAUCCAGGGAGGACCGGGCUCGGACGAUGUGGAACCCCCGCCAUCGUAUCAAGAGUGGACACGGAAAGCGGCAAGUCUCAGAAACCAAGAGAUAGGUCGUGGUGGAAUCGGUCUCGUAACAAUCAGCGAUAAUCUCCCGGUGACCAGUCAUCAUGGGCCAGAGAAUGUGGAGAGUGAAGACCAAUGUUAGGUCAUAGACUACAAUCAGUCUACUAAUUCAUGCUGCAAACAGGGUUAAAACUAUUUCCUAACAUGCACAAUGAAUUCAAUCUUCAGGGAGGACCUACCCUUGGUUCGUCGACAAGAAAUCGUUGACACCUAUUAAUAACAUGAUUAGAUAUGCUGCUUAUCCAGUUAAUAUACACUCUUAGACUCACUCCCUUUUUUCUCUGUAGAGAUACACAUAGGAACACUUUUGGGUUAAUAUAUAUCUCUUCAUUCUUCGUUCCACUUUAUUUGUUCACUUAUCUCGAAAAAGUAUUCAUGUGUAAGUAGGGAUUGGUCAUUUUUCGGCUGAAUUUCAAAAUACUGAAAUGGGUGUGAUGGUUUAUUUCCAGGUGCAUGCUUAAGUAAGGAACACCAUAAAUUGUUCAGACUUGUUCAGGUAUGCCACAGUAAAUGUAACAAAUGUAGAUGUAUUCAAUGAGCUCUGCGUUAUAAGAUACAAAAAAUGUGAAACCUCUUACACACACCUCGGUUCACCGAGUCAUGUCUGAACCAAGCUGCAUGCUGUCUCAGCGAGCAGAUUAAUGUCAUCAUCUUCGCAAGUGGUUUUCUGGAUAUGCAUGCUGUCUCAGCUCAGUAACAAUGGUGCUGAUAAUGGUCAACCAUUUAAGAUAUUGUAUCACAGGCAAUGCCCACUCUACAGACAUUGGCUUGUACACUGUAAACUCUGCGAGCUGAGCAUAAAUGUAUAAACAGUUCAUUGAUUUUCAUUAGAAACAGGGUUGCUACAUGAUGAAAGAUCAAGAAUUAACAAUAUAUAUUUUAAAAAGCAACAAAUCUUUGAUCAUUUUUUUGGUAAAAAAGUGUGAAAAUGAAUUUCAUGUCUGUUCAGCAUUAUUUUCAUUUGCAAAACAGUCUGGACGAAAUUCAUUAGCAUUUUAAACUUGUUUUCAAGCUCGGCUUUACAUUAUUUAAGCUAAAUGAUAA